AUGAAGAAAUUGCCUGAAAAGUUAAGAAGUUAUAGUGGAUAUGAAUAUAUUAAGUUUUCCUUGCAAAAUGUUGCGUAUGAUUCAUUGACACAUGAGGAUUUUGAAGAGCGUUGGAAUAGGUUCAUUGAUAAACAAAACCUUCAUGACAAUCAGUGGUUACUUGGAUUGUAUAAUGAAAGACGACGUUGGGUGCCAGCAUUUGUGAGAGAUACUUUUUGGGCAGAUACCUAUACCAUUGCGAAAUUCAAAGAGUUUCAACAAGAGCUUGCUGCUAAGCUCUAUUAUGAAUUAUCGUCUUCCAAAGAGAUUGAUUCCUAUAUGGAGUUUAUAGUAGAAGAAGAUGUGAUGGUUGGAGAGACUCACCGUAGUGUUCCUUUUGUGGUUUGCUUUAAUGAAGCAAAUUGUGAUGUUCGUUGCUAUUGUCGACUAUUUGAGUUUAGAGGAAUUUUAUGUCGACAUGCAAUUACAGUGUUGAUUCAUAAGAAAAUUUCUCAUGUACUAGAAAAAUACAUUUUAAGGCGAUGGAGGAAGAAUAUAAAUAGAUGUCAUACAAAGGUUAAGAUUAGUUAUAAUAGUUGGAGCACUAAUGUUCAAGGACAACAAUUUGAUAAGUUGUCUAAUUUAUUCAGCACUGUAACAGAUUUGGCAUCAAACACUGAGGAUGAUUGUAAUAUGGUGAUAGAAAUGAUCAAUGAUAUGAAGAACAAGUUGAUGUUGAAUGAAAGUGCUGGCAAGAUUGAUAAAAGACUAAACAUGUCAGCCAAUAAUAGAACGAAUAGUGAAGUUGUUGCUGGUACUUCUAGAGAGGGGAGUAGUAAUAUUCUUACUCCACGGGUUGUUCGUAGUAAAGGUCGUCCUCCAUUCAAACGAAAGCAAUCAAAAGUUGAACAAAUUGUGCGUAAAGUAAAAGAGAAAAAAUUGCGAAAGCAAGCAAUUGCUAUGACUUCGAAUCCUCGUCGUAGAAUUGGAUUUAAUCAAGCAACUCAGGAAUCAAACAAACUUGACUUACAGGAAGUUGGAUGCUCGUCUUCAACAACUGAAGGGCAGCAACUCCAGGCUUUGGCACUGGACUAG